UGAACAUAUCGCCAUGCCACUUCCAUGUAUGAUUUUCAGGGUGUUUCUUGGAGAAUGCACUAUGUUACCGGUGUCCGAAGCUGCGAAGCUGGGGACGGAAAAGACAUUUGGAUCGGACAUAUUGGACCAAGAUGUCCCUCCCAACGUGGUUUGUAAAGGAAACACAUCCGUGAACCCCAUGCAAAGCGCUCAGGAAAACAGAGUGAAAUGUUUGCGGGGGGUUCAAGCCUCACCCGUUCCGAAUUUCCCCUUCAAGGAUUCAACAGGUCUAAGAAAACGAAAAAAUGAGGUCAAUGAGGAAGGAUGAUGACCAUCAAUGUCCCCACAUUGUCGUUUCUUUGCAUGACUCUGCGGUUGCAGGUACUUCGGCCCAUUUCGGCCUUUUUUGCAGGCAUGGCCUCCAUGGUCCAUCAAAACUCCUGAAGUCAUCAGGUCUCCAACAUUGUCGCAACUGUUUCAUUUUUGUAAGACGCCCUCUGAAACUCCAUGGCGGGCCCUUCUCAGGAGACCUUAGCCAUGGUCUCCUUGCAGCUGUCCAUGGGUGUCGUUACUGGACCAGAGGCAGACAAUCAAGAAGAGUGGUACUUUGAACUGUGGACUGAGGCUUCUACGCUCAAGGCCACCAAUGAUGGGAUCAUGGAGAGCUUUCAGCUGGUGGAAGCGCUCGGCGUGCGCCUCUCCGCGCCGCGGGCGGCCCCUGCGAGCCGCGCGGAGGUGGCGCUGGCAGUGGCCUGGAGCGGUCGUCGCCCGCGGCAGUUGCAGCUCUGGGCGCCUGUGGGUUUCAUCUUUGUGGAGGUGUCCUGCCUGCGGGAUACCAUUACGGUGAGCUCACAGGUGCUCUCAUGCACUCCUGGAUCCCUUCCCUACGUGGCUGCACUGCAACUUCACAGUGCCAUCGAAGGCUCAGCUGAGACGGUUCUGUUGGCCUUGGCUCCGGCUUCCGCACAGGGCAGCUGGCUGCUCCGGUCUUUGGCCGAGGAUCAAACGGAGCUCGGCUGGGCAAAGGCUGCGACCUUUCCUGUGGCACAAAUGGAGAAAGCUAUGCUUACUUAUGGUGGGAUUCCAUCCAGUGUGGUCCACGUGGCUGUGAGUUUCCAAACCUCUCAGACCAUCUUGAGUGGAGGAGUCAUUGAGGUGGUGGCUCCGGCAGUGUAUGGUUUCUCCUGCGAUGCUGCGGAUGGCCUGAAGCUCUUUUUCGCUGGUUUGCAAUCCUGUGAGACGUUGGACGAGGGCUUCCGAUUGAUGCUGAACCAGAGUGUCUCGCCCGGCAGCUACGCCUUCCUCAUUGGCAUGCGAACGCCCAGCUUCACGCCCUACACGAACUUGUUUGAUUUGCUGCUCAAAGACUUGGAGGGCAAGGUGGUGGACGCACGUUUGGCGCUGCCGGGGCCGCGGCUCAUCCCGGGGCUCACCUUGGAUCUCCCGGUGCUCACGUUCGCGCGCUCGCAGCCGGGCAGCGACGCGGAGAUCCGCGUGACGUUGAAGGUGGUUCAAACCUUGGAUCCCUUGCAGGUGCUGGGGCCCUUCCGGUCGGUGCAGAUCGCGGUGCCCGAGCGCUUUACCCUCAUCGUGCGAGAGCCGGUGACCAACUACGAUGGUUUGCCAACGCCGGAAGUGAGUUGGUAUCACUUGUACUUUCUGGAGAAACUGGUGCGCGUCGACUUGGUGGCAGAUGGUGCAGAAGAGAUCCCCCAGAUCCCGGCCAAAGACUACCGUCUCGGUUUCAAGGCCCCAAACCACCAAAAGCAGAUGUUUCUUCAAACAGUGCGGUUGCCGGAAUUCUGGAUGCCCAGUGUUAAUGUUUGGACGGUCUCUCUGUGUCGAGAUCUUUCAUGCUCCGACUUGAUCACCUCCUUGCCAAUGGCCGGAUUUGAAUUUGGAGACCCUGGCUUCGAACAAGAGGAGGAGGUGGUGGAUCUUCAGCCUGGCCACGCGCAAGGUCUGUUGAAUAGAUUUAAUUUCUUGAUUUUAAUAAUAUUCAUUUAAAA